GGGGGGGAGGGGCGGCCCCGAGGAGGGAGGGGGAGGGGCAGGGCCCGCGUCCCUCCCCCUCCCGAGCUGGAGGCCCUGGUGGCCCUGGCGGACGCGUUGGUGGCCAGGGGGGUCCUGGGGGUCUUCGGGGAGAGCCGGGAGCGGCUCCAGCGGCGCCUCCGGGAGCUGGGGGGGGGAGGGGACCCCUCCCCCACCCCCAGCGAGGAGGGGGAGGAGCAGGAGGAAGAGGAGAAGAAAGAGGAGGGGGAGGGGCAGAGACCCCCGGCCCUGGACAUGUUCGCCCCCCCCGAGGAGGGGGAGGGGCAGGAGGAGGCAGCGGCGCUUCCCGAGGUUCUCUGGGAGUAUCACUGGGGGGGGGAGGGCGAUGGAGACGCCCCCCUGUACGGCCCCUUCAGCAGCGCCCAAAUGCAGGAAUGGGCAGCCCAGGGCUAUUUCUCGGGGGGGGGAGGGGCGCGGUGCCGCCGCGUGAACCCCCCCGGGCCCUUCUACGACUGCGGCCGCAUCGACUUCCAGCUCUACACCUGAAACCCCCUCCAGAGAGCCCAAAACCUCCCAAAAACCCUCCAGAAGCCAACAMCACCUGCAGGGGGAGGGGUCACAGGGGCCCGGCCCCAUUUUGGCACAAUAAAAGGGAUUCCAAUUCCAA